AUGCCAAAAGGUUCUAAAGAAGGCACAAAGUUGCGUGUGAGAAACAAAUCGAUGAAGAAAAACCUUUUCAAAGGGAAACGUUUCGCUGAUUUGCGCAAAGAUGGCGAAAAUAAUGGCUCUCAAUCUGCCAGCCAACAAAACGCAAUUACUCAAGAUCGAGUGAUAAAUAACGAAGAUUUGGUUACU